UUCCUUUCUUCUACUCCUUUUGUCCAUUCGGUUUUGAGUUGUCUUCGUACCUGUGUAUUUGAAUUUGAAUAAGCAGCAUAGCAUACACGUUGACACAGACGCAGGGAUGCCUGGCUGCAACGAACUUCACCCGGCUCUUCGCGAUGCCUGCGACAACAUCGCAUGCAAGGUCACUCGCCUCUCCAAAGCCGAUAUAUCUCGUCUCACCGAAGACGAGCUAUCUCGUCUCAUGGAGGAUGAGUUAUCUCACCUCUCCAAGGACGAGAUGAAUAGCCUUAUCGAAGCCGAGUUUUCUCACUGCUUUGCUCUCAUGGAAGGCCUGCUAUCUCUACUUUUCCCUCGUAAAGCCAAAGACAAAGAGAUUACUCCCCCUGAAUAUGAACACAUAUCUGACUGCUUUCCCGUUUUGAUCUUCAAGAUAUUUUUUUUGAGUUUAAUUGGCUACAUUGCCCUUGUACCCAUAACAACUAUUUCCUCUGAUUUGUACAAGUGGUGGUUGAACAAAAGAUAUUUAUCUUCUAUUCGUCAAGAAAGAUUGUUAUCUGCUAGAUGUGAUGUCUUUUACACUAAAAAUGCUGCUCAGGAACGACUGAAUCCUUCAAAGAAGCCCAUUGUUUUGUCUAAAUAUUCUAGAACGUCUCCAACUCUGAAGGGUUUUAAAGGCAUUGGAGAAAUCUCCAGUCAAGAAUUCUAACGGGCUUUAGACAGGGAGUAGAGCGGUAUCAGGAAGGCACAUCUAGAGCUGUUGUUCCAAGCCGUAGAUCUACUGACAAAGAGAAACAGAUUAGGUGAAGAGAAGUUGCUCUGAAGAGGAAAGAUUCAUCAAGAUUGUCAUUUUACUAUUGAGUUAUUUUGUAAUACACGAAGGUUCUUAGUUUAAAUGUCUU